AUGGAUCGUAAAUUCUUAAGCAUAUUCAUUAUCCUGAUUUACGUUAAGAAAGAAAUUGAUUUCGUUAUUGCUGUACGCAAGUUAAAUCAUCCGAGAGACAUGUCGGAGUACUGCCGGCGUCGAGUGGCGCCGUCUGUGUUCCUUGGGAAACAGGUCAUGGAAGCCCAUUCACAUAUCAUGCACUUCUCUCAGUUGGAAGUGCCUUAUAGCUGCACCUUGAGUGUGAGGGCAGAGUCUGGCAAUGAUAUAAUCUUGGUUAUACAAUUGAUAUCCGAGUUGGAUUUAAUGGAAAGCUGCACCCAAAACGCCGAUCAGCUGGUUGUAUAUGAGUUUGGUGAAACUUUUGGCGGCUAUUGGGGUCAUUUGCCUGAUAGGAUGAUGAAGAAAGCUACUAAGAACCAUUCUCGUUUCUAUACGGUUAAAACUACUGAGUCCACGAGUAUAACUACCACUGAACAAACGACAGAUUAUAUAACGGACGCAACACAAAUAGUUCUCACACACAAGGCGUCCGUGGAUACCGACAGACCAAAGGACUUCAUCAGAAUGGAAGUACCGCUGGUGAAUGUGUCCGGAAAUUUCCAAUUAGGGUCGCCGCUGCAGACGGGCGAUGUUGAGGACAUGUUUGACUUUAUCUAUGACGUCACACCCAAGAAUGGCGUGGAAUAUGAAACAAGCGUGCUACCCUUGGUGCAGUUUUCUAUUAAGAAACAAGGAAGACCAAACAGCUACGGCUCGGAGCAGCGCUACGACUUGGACUACGCCAUCGAAGGUGUCACUCUUGACUCGAGAUUAUUUACAGCAAGGUCUACGAGUAAACGAGUCAAAAAUCGUCAAUUUACAAAAACUCUUAUUCCUACUCUGAACUCGACAUCUUGGAAAAUCGAAGAUGUUAUGAAAGCUUAUAGCAUGACUACAAUACGCAGUACAGUAGAAAAUACGAGUAAUAAAACAAUACAAAAGAUUUUGCAAAAUAUUUCUAAUAUGGAUCAUAAUAUUAGCGUGUAUUUAGCUCCUAAUCUGACAAUUUAUGAAAACUCUAAUCCAUUUUCUAAUGGACAAAAUGUAAAGUCAACUAUAAAGUUAGAAUUUGCAACAAAAAUCUCCACAACAAAAAACUUGCAUCAGGUUGCACUAAGCAUGGAUCAUAAUAAAAUAGAUAAUUUACUCGAGGAUAAAAAGUUAACCCAUAUUCAUAUAACGGAUAAUAAUAAUCGAUCUACAUUACAUACUGAAUUUCAUGUUAACAAUAAUUCUUAUUCGUUCAGUAACAAUGUUCACUCGAUAAAAACCAAUAAAAAUGUUUCAAACGUCAAUAAUUCUGAUUCUAUACUGGGUUUUAGUUUACAAAAAGGAAGGAUGGUGGACCAUGAAUCGUGGGAAAAUGUAGUCCAAGCAGCUCCUGUGAUGGCUGUAGUAUUAAACAGAAGUGAAGUACUUAGUAAUAAAUCAAGAAAAGAUGCAAAAAGACUUACCAAUGACCUAAGGUUUGUACAUUUUAUUAUCUUGAUAGAUGGCCGAUUUUAUGUACUGUCUUUUUAUUUUAUUGCAUCACAUAGGAAAAAACGGAAUAUACACGCGUUAGAAAUAGAAAACUCUCGCCCACGGAACUUGACCACAGAGCGCGCAUUAACCACGGAGACUGAAACGCAAUACCAGUUUUCAGACUUGCAGGACCUGGCGGAACUAGUCGAGUUACAAGAUGAUGAGAUUACAGGUAGAUUGGCGCUACGUUAUAUUCGUAACUACGUCGGUUUGACCCUCUUCAACAUCUGCGACUACCACGAGGCCAAGGCUCGUUAUGUGUUCUUGUUCAAUUCUUCGAGGAUAGUUAUUGCUAUCAAUAACUUUACUUUGGCAGGAAUGACGGUUGUGCUAACCCCAGCUCAAGCACUCCUCAGUAACACGACUCUGUGUGACCCUGGCCACCUGGAGUGUCAGAUCGUCGGCACUCGCGUCUGCAUUGACUCCAUGAAUGCGUGUGAUGAAGUACCAAACUGUGGCUCCUACGAUAUAUACGACGAAGACCGGCUCCUGUGUGGCAUAACCAAGGAGCUCCAGCACAACGUAUACCUCGCCGCCUUCACCUUCCUCGCCCUCAUCCUGACGCUGCUGUACACCAUCCACUACUGGCUCAAGCGAUACGUGCCUCGAGUGGCCGACGCCUUCUUCGUAUACACUGAUGCCACUGAAAACACACUCUUUCUGGACACUAUUAUGCGAUCACCUAAUGAAGACGAUGAGAGAUCGUACAAAUUUGCAUAUCCAGAAAAUUUGAGCGACAAUGAUGAUUUGUAUAAGAAUGCGUUCAAAGAAGACUUUAGUGAAAACUUUUGUAAAAGGAUCAUGAGAAAGUGUUAUUAUUUAUUAUUUUGUAAGAAGAAACCUGAAGAAAUAUCUAGUUUUGAACAUGAAGUUUAUAGUUCAGCACCCAUAACUCACUCAAGUACGUUUUCUUUUGCGGAAUAUGAGCUUCGUAAGUUCAAAUUAAGAGAAGGAGGUGUGCAAACUGGAGAAAGUUUAGAAUUGCAUACUGAAAUUCACGAAGAAGUGAAACAAGAGAAGUUUCACCAAGAGAUCGAAAGAGAUAAACAAGUUCAACCUAAAACAAUCAGUGAUAUAAAUCAGGAAAAACAUGCAGAGGAAUUAAAAUUAAUUCAGUUUACUAAAGACUCUAGAUCGUCAAAUCAAUCCAAUUUAACUUUUACUGAACCGAAGGAUUUAAGUGUAAUGACAAGAAGGAAUGCUGUUGUUGCAGAUGAUGAGAAAGAAAUAAAAAGUACCGUUUACGAACGCGUCUCAAACAUUAAUAUUAAUUCUGAGAAAAUACAAGUUAAGUGUGAGGUUCAUACUGAGAAACCUAAAAAACAAUUUGACCGUAGAAAAUUAAGAUUCAAUGAGGACCUAACGAUGAUACCUUCUGAAGACGCUGUAGACAGUACAGUAGUUGGAGGACUAAGCCAUCAAGACCUAGAUGUGAUAACAGAAGCAGGACCCGAAGUAAGUGAUAGCCGCGAUUUCAUGCGAUUUUGGGGAAUUUCGAAAGUUAAAAAGGGUAAGAAGAAGAAAGAAAAGCACCUUCCUACACAUUAAAUUUUUAAUUAAAGACAGUUUUGUUUUUCUUGUUGACUAAUUUGUUUUUACACGGCCGAUGGAGCAAGCUAUGCUCAAAACAUCUCUGCGUGAUCGAUUCAGAAACGAAGAGAUCCGCAGAAUGAGUAAGACGAAAGAUCCAA